AUGACGAUGAUGCGCUCUACUCUCACCGCCGCUCUCGCUGUCCUUCCAGUCGCUCUUGCAACAAGCUGGGAUGUGUCUGUUGGCCCGAAUGGGCAACUUAUUUAUUAUCCUGAGUACGUCUUGGCCGAAGUAGGAGACACUAUAAACAUGAUUUUUCACCCAAAGAACCAUACAGUCACUCAGUCAAGCUUUGAUGCACCCUGCGUUCCCCUUGCUGGAGGUGUCAGCUCAGGAUUCUUGCCUGUUGCCUCAGACAGUGAUCCCGAACUGCCAAACUUUGUGAUCACCGUGAACGACACGAACCCGAUCUGGAUUCAUUGUGAACAAAAAGGGCAUUGCGGAGCCGGAAUGGUAUUCGCUGUCAACCCUCCAGACGCCUCCUCAAACCAUUCGUUCGCUGCCUUCCAGGCGCUUGCUAUCGAGCUUAACGGAACCCAGACUUCUGCACUCUCUGUCAGCACGCCCCCGCCUCAAUCCUGGGCAACAGCAACAGCCACAGUAUCUGAUGCUUCAUCUACCUGGGUGUCAACAUACACUAGCUAUUCGGGAACACCAGAACCGACUUACGCUGCAGGUGGUCCGGUAACACAUAACAUCACCGUUGGAAUCAAUGGACAAUUGGCGUUUGGACCAGCGAAUAUCAGCGCUGCGAUUGGGGAUAUCGUGGAGUUUACGUUCCUAGCGAAGAAUCAUAGUGUCGUUCAGUCUAGUUUCCCUGAACCUUGCACUCCUCUCGUCGAUGGUUUCAACUUGGGAUUCCACCCAGUCGACGCCAACGUCACCGGACCUAGUUUCUCCAUCACCAUUAACAACACUUCCCCAAUCUGGGGUUACUGCGCCCAAACCAACCCCGUCAGCCACUGCGGUUCCGGCAUGGUCUUCUCUAUCAACGCCGUCGAAACCGGUCCAAACAACUUUGCUGCCUUCCUCGCUCUCGCUGAAGCUACGCUCGCGAAUUCCACUGUCAAAGAUACGUCGGGUGCCACGGCGUCAUCUGGCUCGAGUUCGCCUUCGAGUACCUCCGGUUCCAACGGAGCUUUAUCCGUUGUGGGUGAUGUGAAUAUGGGUGGGAUAGGUAUGGUACUGGCAACGGUGGCUGCUGUUAUCGUUGGAAUGCUCUGA